GCUGAAUCCAGGGGUCCUUGUGAUGUAAACAAGGGUCCUCGCACAGAAACGGAGACGAGCUACAUCAUGGUAACCUGAGGAAAAAAAAGAGGAGAAAAAUGAAAAUACCAAAAAGAAAGCUGUUCCUCUUGCUCGUUUUUGCAUAUGUGGCGUUUUCACUCUAUGCUGCAUAUAAUGUUUUCUUCAGCACCAAAGUACUCUCCCGCGUUCACAGGGUGGUGAAGAAAGAGACGGGGGCACAAUCGGGUGGUGUCAGGGAUGGCGGUGCUCCAUAUGUUGCUGAUGAGUGGAAUCCAUGGGAGGAUGAACAGGUGGAGUACAACUCUGCUCUGAACAAAAAGAGAGAGGCCUUCAAACAGUACCUGGGUAAAAUUGACAAGAACAAACCCAAAAGAUACAAGGUCCAAAUCUGGGGGAAAGCUGCAAUAGGGCUUUAUCUUUGGGAACAUAUCUUAGAAGGACCCCUCAACCCUACUGACAAGGUAGCACAAUGGAGAGAGGGGGAGCUGCAGUCAGGGAAGAUUGAUUUCAGUUUCUACACAGGUCCUGCUGUGGUGCAGGGUCAUGUCCCUCUAGACAUGAACAGCCUGGUUUUGGUUCUCAAUGGCCGUGAGCAGCAAAAGGUCACUUACUCCACACGAUGGCUGGAGCAUGUCCAAGCUCUGGUUCAGUCCAAUACAGUGUCUCAUGUGGCUGUGGUUCUGCUGGGCAAUGAGCACUGCAACAAUGACUGGAUUGCCCCACACCUGAAGAGAAAUGGUGGCUUUGUGGACCUGCUGUUUGUAGUGUAUGACAGCCCAUGGGUCAACGACAAGGAUGUCUUCCAGUGGCCUCUUGGCGUUGCUACAUACAGGCAGUUUCCAGUGAUCAGGCCUAAUGCCCAGUUGAUUACCUCCAACCGGCCAUACCUCUGCAAUUUCUUAGGAACUGUUUACAAAAAUUCUUCCAGAGAAACACUCAUGCAUAUUCUGACACAGUCUGGCUUGGAGAAGGACUGCAUCUCCACUGGCAGGGAAAAGUGGCUCCCUCAGGAGACAGCAGACAGUCUGAGACGCUAUCAGACAGCUGUGGCCCAAAGUGAGCUCACUCUCUGCCCGGUCGGGAUCAACACAGAGUCUUACCGCAUCUACGAGGCCUGCUCUUAUGGCUCAGUACCUGUGGUGGAAGAUGUGAUGACACCUGGGAGCUGUGCAGCAGGGCCCAGCUCCCGCGUACGCCUCCUAAAAGCUGCAGGGGCACCCUUCAUCUUCAUCAGCGACUAAGAGCUGCCGGCAAUCUUGGACAGGGAGAGAAGGAUGAGCCAGGAGCAGAGGGUGGACAGGAGGAGGAGGCUACUGGAGUGGUACUCCAGCUUCCGUCAGCAGAUGAAGGAAAGGUUCACCGAGGUCAUCGAAGAGACCUUCUUCAAAAUGGCUGACUGUGGUGCUUCUAAAUAUCAAUGGGCGACAGCUGAGAUCGAUUUGAUUUCUUUUAUGAUUUGUGGAGAAAUGUGAUGUACUACUGGCAUAGUGAAUCUGGUGAUGUUCUUUUAAUAUUCUGGUGCAGAUUAUUAUAAAAUAAUUUAUGUAUGUAGUGAAGUUGUAAAGUUGCCAUUACUAGACAGAAAGGGGCCUCAUGAUAUUAUGUAUAUUCAUCAUCUAAAUGUUUACAACUGUGGAAUGUAAAGGCAAUUAGAGAUAUAGAAUUAUAAGCUGCCUUUGCCUUUUAAAAAUUCCUUAACUUUACUGUAAGUAUGUUUUAUGUGUUUUUACAUAAUUAAUAUUGUGAUUUUUUAGGAAACGCUAAACAUGUAGAAUGAGAUUGUAAUCUGUUUGCAUCAUUUUAACACCCUAAUAUAAUUUUUUUUUUUUUUUACUUUGAGCUAAUUGCAAUGGAUGUUGGAAUGCAACGUUUUGCUGUUCUGUUAAAAAAAAA